AUGGGUUGGUUGUGUGCAGUUCCAAUGGGAUUGGGAUGGAAACACGCUCAUAAACUCGAUGGCACAUUAAUUCCACAACGAUUGAUGAGUCCCUUCUUUUUAGCAUGUACGGCCAUGAGUGGAUUCUUGGGUUCGUUGAUGGUAUUGGCAUUGGUCAAGAUGCCAGUGUUGAUACCUGUUGGUGCUUGCUGUUUGAUGGUUGAGACUAUUUACAAUGGAAUCAGUGAGUGGAGAAUGAGAAGAAGACUUUUACAAAUCGAACAAGAAUAUGAAGCUAAAUGUGAAGAAUUGAAGAAAUGGGCGAAUUCGAUCAAAGAGGAAGAGUUUGAAUUUUGA